CAAUGACGUGAUGAAUGUUUACUACAAUGGCAACGCCUCGACUUCUCCCACAGUUUCACGCGCAUUGUCUUUCGGUUCUCACGUGUUAAUGCACUUUUCCCGUCCUGGUUAGGUGGCCGAAUACUACUGUAUCGUGGUUGCUCGUGUGUGGAAUACUUCAGUGUUUGUAGAAGUUGCCAUAAGGCGUCAUAGCAGACGUAUGUGACUCACUCGUUUGCUUUCUGAGUGAUUUUCUGCGAAUUUUCCUGUAGUUUAAUUGCAUUGUUUUUGUUAUAAUCAGUAGCCAAUCUUUGAAUGAUAUUACGAGCGUCGUGCAAAGUGUCUGUGUAUCAUGGUAAUAUUGGGGCUUUCUCUCCCGUCUCCCGCGUUGUGGAGACUGUGCUGAGUCCCCAGUGAUGUUCUCAGCCCUAGCUUACCAGUUAUCUUCAAAGUUUCUGGAAGAGCAGAAGUGUUCGUGCCUGGAGCCGCGCGUCAAGUGCCGCACGAUGUCGAAGAAGCCGGCCGCGCAGCCGACGCUGCACAAGGUGAUCAUGGUGGGCUCCGGCGGCGUGGGCAAGUCCGCGCUCACGCUGCAGUUCAUGUACGACGAGUUCGUUGAAGACUACGAGCCCACUAAGGCAGACAGCUAUAGGAAGAAGGUAGUGUUGGACGGUGAGGAGGUUCAGAUCGACAUCCUGGACACGGCGGGGCAGGAAGACUACGCCGCCAUCAGAGAUAACUACUUCCGAUCAGGAGAGGGCUUCCUCUGUGUCUUCUCCAUCACUGAGCCUGAGAGCUUUGAUGCCACGCAAGAGUUCAGAGAACAGAUCCUGCGCGUGAAGAACGACGAGAACAUUCCGUUCCUGCUGGUGGGCAACAAGUCGGACCUGGCGGACAAGCGCCGCGUGCCGCUCGACACCUGCCGCGAGCGCGCGCAGCACUGGCAGGUGCCGUACGUCGAGACGUCCGCCAAGACGCGGGACAACGUCGACAAGGUGUUCUUUGACCUGAUGCGUGAGAUCCGGUCGCGCAAGUCUGACGACAGCCGCGCCACCAACGGGGACGUCAAGGGGAAAAAGCGGAGGAAAAUCAAGUGCGCCAUAUUGUAGGCAGAGACCCGAUACUAUACUACAGGCGCUCGUCUCGUCAGCGAUACGUCGCACCGCGGGCCGUGCGGGGCUUGCUGUGUGUCGCGUGGCCUCGUGCAGUACGUCCACGUACGACGUCCAGUCGGCGGACUGUCUGUGUACGGACUGACAUACAACAAUCGCCACACGCCUUCUACUCCACUAAUCAAUAACACAUCUUGUAAAUUCGUGUAUUGUAUUUGAAACUCUGUUACGUGGACGUGAAGGUCGAAGGUCGCGUGUCGCGUGUCGCCGGCACGUCCACAUGUACUAGGUGUAAGCAGGCUAUUGUAAAUUUUAAUAUAUUUCGCCCACUUUGGUGCUUGCAUUUAUUGAAUACUGUUUGUAACGAAACUCGUCGAAACAAUACAUUUUAUAAAGUAACUUUUAAAUAGUUUAGUUUAAUAUCGCGCCCCGACUGGUUGUGGUUCUCAUACGUUGUCCUGCUUCAGCCGACACCCGCGGCGGCGCGAGUGUACGAUACAAUACAUUUUGACACGACUCAUUACAAACAGAAUUCCAUAAUAUUUUUACGAAUGAAAUAUUGUUGUAUCAAAGCUUAGUGCUUUCGCGUUACAUGUCCGUGUAGAGGGCGCCGCGCCGCGACCUCGUGUCGGACAUUGUCCGUACAAUAUGCGACACGGGGUCGCACUCGCAUGCUCGGUAGCGUAAGUUUUGUAUUUAUUUCUAUGUAUAAGUGCUAAAUGUAUUGUGUAAUGUGUUGAGGGUACUGUUCGUACGUGUUUGCAGAAAUAGUAUUUGUUCCGACUACGCAAUGUAAGAGCUAGUCAGAUGUUCGGUUGAAAUCUCAUGAUGAAUCUGUUUGGUUACUAAAUAUAUAUAUACUGUACGUUGUAGGGGUGUGGACUGCACGGGCUCACGAUCUCCUAGAAUACUAUUUCAGUGAACAUCCGUGUGUUGUCUGCGCCGGCGCAGGGCGGGGGGUGUGGGUACUAUAUAUACCUAUAUAUAUAUAUAUAGGGGCGCUUCACUCAGUAGCCGGUAGUUGUCACGUCUUGUAUGUUACGCGCCUCGAGUCUCUGACUGCCAUCACGCACACUACAUUAUUAUAACACAUUUCUUGCAGUUAAUAUUAAAUUUCCACUGACCCGUUGGUAUCUAAUUCGUUUAUACUCCCAGUGAGACGAUGGCAGUCAGAAACUCGAAGCUACUAUAUAAAUGUAAUGCUAAGUUUUGUAUGCAAUAAAGUCUGAUAUUUUUAAAUCUCCACGAUUUACUUUUUAUAUUGGAUCGUUGAUCUGUUCCUCGGUCUGUUCGCCUCACCUACUUGUGUACUGUGGAUGUUUCUCAAUGUCGCCUGGUGAAUGAUGCAGUUGAGAUGAUGUCUCGUGGUGAACAGCUGGGCUGGUCAGUAGAACGAGUGCCGAGGUAUGGUGUACCGUAACCUCGGCCCUGUGUGAUGCCAUUACGAUUUGUUUUGUCCACUUAGUGCAACGCACGCGUAGCAAUAACAUAUUUAGCAUAAUAUACUGUUCGGGGCAGGUGUGUAUAUCUAGCAGGUCCCCGACUGCCAACACGAAGUAAUAUUGUAAGUGGUUACUCAGUAGCUACUACUCUGUCUCUCCCCUGUAGCGUGUCAUAUGCCGAUAGCAACUGUCCGAGAUAGGCUUAAACUUUUGUAAUCAUAGUUUCACAGUUACUGUCGACAGAUGGUGGUGUUUCGAACAUUAUAUUCCGAUGUACUUGUAAUGUCUAUAAGCUAGUUACUUUAGUUCACAAAUCUAUGGAUUAUGUACCUACGUGUAUGUAUGUAUGUAUAUCGAAGUCACAGGAACAAAAUGAUUGAUAUAAAGCAGGAAAUAUACAGAUUUGCAAAAU